UACUCUUCUUGCAUCUCUCUCUUUCUAUCUCUCCAUCUGUUGUUCAAAAUGCAAUCUUUAAUCCCAAUAUCAGUCUCUUUGGCUUAUCCCUCACUUACAAAUCUGACGGCUGAGUACCUCCAUCGUUUACGACUUUUUCUAAGAUGCUACAAGCUACCUACUCCUGUUUUGUGGUUGUGGUCAUAGAAGAGAAGCCUUCUUCGGAUGCUAGUUGUGUUAGUGUGCGGUUAUAUUCUAUAUAUUCAUGUUCACAUUGAUGGAGAGGUGAAGAAAAAAAUCAUUUCUACCCUUCAAAAUUUACCACUUCAAGAUGGUGAAUCUGUUCUUGUUCUGUUUUGGGCAGCAGAAGAAAUCAAAAAAUAUAUCUUUGUGCUUACUACAACAUUUCAGCCUUUUCUUCUUUCUGGGAACAACAAGGAACUUCAUGCGUUCCAUGUAGCCUGUUUAUACAAUAAACUCUAUGUGUAUAGAGACACUGAGGAAUUGAAAGAAGCAGCAUUCGGUCUUGCAGGCAUGGCGUACCUGUACUGCACUCCUCAACAGACUCAAGAUAUGCAUGAAUACCUUAAAGAUCAUAGUCCUCCAUGUGAACAUGAAAUGUUUACAAAGAAAUGGGGAUCCUAUGCUGUUCCUGUGAUUGAUGGUAACAAAUGUGUUGGUGUGCUUGAGGUUGUCACGGAUACACCCAGGGAUUAUAGCAAUGAUAUUACUGUAGCUAAAGGAGUCAUUGAGCAUGCCGGUUUGCAAACAACAAUGCAAAUUGAUAGCACAAUGAGGACUUAUAUACGUCCCAAGGAAAGGAGCCGCAUAACAUUCACAUCUCCCAUUACUAGCUACUGUUGUCUUAAUAAAUAUUUCGGACUGAGUAGUAUCUGUGCUGCAAAAGUACUUGAAAGAGUCCUUAAACGACGACUACCAGAAGGUACCUUUAGGAAUCUUUGUAGGAGCGUAGGAAUUCCUGAGUGGCCAUGUAUACGAAAGACAAAUAAUACUAGGUCUUUUGUAACAAUGAAUGAUGAUCUAAUCUCCAAUCCGUACGAAAUUAUGACUACUAUACCAUCUGCUCAAGAAAUUCGAACCAAUCCAUUUGCAAGUGAGACAAGUGGUGAUACUAGAGAUUGGAACGAGUCUGAGCCUGAACUUGAGCCAGAGCCUGAACAUGCUCAUCCUAGUCUCAUGGCAGCUACUGGUGAUCUGAUGGAUAAUCAAGAUAACAAUAUCUAUCCGGCCAGGGUCCAUCUUGAUUCCAUGGAUAUUGAUCAUCUUAGAGCUGAUCCAUUGUGGUGCGAAAAUUUUUUUGAUUGGUCAGGUGAACACACUAUGACUAGUGGUGAUUCUGAAGCUUGGUUGUCUAAAUUUACUUUUCCAUAUAACAAUGCUCCAAUUGCAAAUCAUGGUUCCAUGGAUGAUAUUGGAGAUUUUGAUAUAGAUAGCAUGUAAUUAAAUAAAGAGAUGAAACCAAGUACUCCCAUACGAAAGGGGGAAGUGAAUGUUUGAAUGUGCUCUGCCUAAGCACAGGUGUGGAACCAUAAAAAAUAAGUAGUUAUGCUUAAAACAUAACUAAUAUGUAUGUAUCUCUUGGAGUAUGAGAAAUGUAAAGACCCAAAAGAUCACAUUGUGCCAA